GUUGCAGAUCUCACAAAAGUGAAACAGAUCCACGUUCAAGCAGAAAAUGGCUGAACCAGUUGACCCAACGGCAGUUUCUUGUGCAAAAGCUCUCUCAUCUUUUGUUGAAAAAGGGAAAGCUCUGCUGGACCUCGCUGAGAAGGAGAGCAGGGAAGGUUCAUGCCAGGAAUUCAUCAGGCAGAAAGUCCGUAUAGAGCGAAAACAAUCACUGCUAGGUCUGAUAGAAGUUGGUGCAGCUCUCUACAACAGCCUCUCUGUUAAAAGGAAAAAGGAUGCAGAAGAUCUAUGGAGAAAAAAUAAAAACUGUGCUGCUUUGAGAGAUGCUCUUCGGGACUUUAAAGAGCUACAAGUGCAGUGGGAUGCCUUUCUACAGCGUUUGGAUGAUGAGUUACAACUGAGUCCGAAAAUACACAAUGUCGACCAUCAAUCAAAAUGUAUUUCACCAGAUACGUCACUCAUUGAUGCCAGAACUGGAGAAACAGUAACAUUGGAGAAAUAUCUUGGGAGAGGCAAGAAGAUAAUGCUGGUGUUAAUCCGUCAAUUCUCCUGUCUGCUCUGCCGUCUACAUAUAAAAGAUCUGCAGAAGAAUCAAAGUUCUCUGGAUGCAAACUCAGUACAAGUGGUGGUCGUUUCAUUUGGCUGCCAGGAGGGAGCCUCACACUGGCUACAGCAAACAGGCUGCCAAUACGACAUGCUGCUGGAUCCCGAAAGAAAGAUCUAUGGUGCAUUUGGCCUGGGAGCAUCUCUGAAGAAAGUGUUAAACUUCAGUAACAUGCUGAUCUACUCUGAAUAUGUAGCAAAUGAUAUGGAGUUUCCACAAGAGCUUCCAUGGAUUCAAGACGACAUGUUUCAGCUGGGAGGCAACUUUGUUUUGGAUGAGCAUGGGAAGGUGCUGUUCUCUCACCACUGCCAGAGUCCAAUAGACCGACCCUCGGUGGAGGACAUUUUAUCUGCACAAUGAAUAUUAAAAUCCUUCAUGCACAGCAUAACUUAAUUAAAGGAAAAGCGAAACAGAUGAUGUCAGCUGAUUAAUUCUUUGUACCGAGUUAAGAUA